AUGUCAAGCUUCCACCUAACGGGUUUCAAAGUCACAUACGACAAGAAUAUUUUGAAUUAUCCCUGGGUGUUACGGGCAACCCCACCAUUACAUCACAUGCCCAAACGGAAAGAGGAGGUGGUAGUAACGAUUAAGGACAGAAAUCUGCAUCAAUUGACCGGGAAUGGGCAAGUGGAAAAAACGACAACAUACAUUUCUAAGGAAAACACACUCCUGGCGAGCAAAAUCAAGAUACUCGGAGAGAAGCAGCAGAAUAUUGAACUGGAGUUGAACACCAUGAAAGAAAAGCUAAACCAGCAAGAAGAUCAGAUACAGGAAAUGAAGCAAAAGUACGAGAACGUGCACGAGGCACUUCGUCGAACAAAAUUUCAUUCGGAUGCAGAACAUAUCGAUUCUCCUCAGGUAGCACAAUGUCAGGAACCCCAGUCACCAACACCAGAGAUACAGGGGUGA